AGUAUGCAGCAGGAACCUAGACCACGCGUCCGUGAGAACAAGCACCGCCCACUGAAGUGCAGGGCAGCAGAGGUUGGCUUAUAUACAUGGGGAGAUAAGGGCAGGCUGUGCGCACUGGUCCGUGCACAGCUGGUCCGUGCACAGCGUGCUGACGCGGCCCCGGGGGCC